AUGACAUUGUCGGUGGGUCAACGGGUCCGUGUGAAGAAUAGUCCUGGGAUAAUCCGAUAUUCUGGUGAAACACAAUUUUCUCCAGGACUUUGGAUCGGAGUUCAAUUAGACACCCCAAAUGGGAAGAAUGAUGGUUCAGUGGAAGGAGUCAAAUAUUUUGAAUGUGAACCCAAAUAUGGAGUUUUUGCCCGUCCAUCGAUGGUUAUCCUGGAGGAAGAGGCGAAAUCAUUGCCCAUUACUUCACAAGGGGUAGAUCGAUCUCCAGACUCAAGACUUCAUACGAUUAUUGACAAGCUUCAAAUCAAAUUGAAAACAGCUAGUAAGGAAAUUGAAAGCCUCAAGGCUAUUAUAGACCCAUUAAAAGCCAAUAUCUCUCAAUUGGAAGCAACCAUUGAAAUGCAAUCGGUAGAUUCGAAUUUCUAUUUGGAAACUAAUCGAGAAUUGACUGCAAAACUUGAAGAUUUAACCAAUAAAUAUAAUGAAGUUAGAAUUGAUUUACAACUUUUACAAGAAGAAAAUGAGAUUAAUAAACAAAUUGAAUUGGAAGUAGAGGCACAAUUGGGUACUGACGUCCCAAAUUCAAGCGAUUUAGUCGCCUUGAAACAAAGAAAUAAAAAACUUGAACUGGCAUUGAUAAAUCUUGAAAGUGUUUUGAACCAACAAAAAUUGACAUAUACAAAUGAAAUUAAUUCAUUGAAAAAUUCAACCAUUAGUCAACUGUCAUAUGAUGAACUUCUGGCAAAAUUGCAAAGGGCAGAACUGAGUAUCGUGGAACUUCAAGACCAAUUGGAAUCUACUUUGGAUCUGGAAAAACUUAUAGAACAUCUCACAUAUGAAAACGAAGCCUUACAGGAAAAGGUCUCCCAUUUAAAGAAAACAGUGGCGGAAUUAUCAGAAUUGAAUGAGCUUGAUAAGUCAUUAGAAGAAAAUCAUAAAGCAGUAGAACAAGAACUUCAUAAUGAAAUAGCUCUUCUCAUGAAAAUGAUCUCCAAAGAUCAACUCACCAUUAAGACAUUGGAAAGUAAGAAUAAGGACAUUCAGGACAACUUAUUGACUAUGGGCCAACAACAGCAGACUGGUGACUAUGCGGGGUCAUCAGAGACAACAACCCUACUUGCCAAGAUAGAAUCACUUCAACUUGAGAUUAAAAAGUUGCUGGUUGGAAGUAAUUCCACGAAGAUAUCCCUCAAGGUGAAAGAAGCGGAAUUGAACUGUUUAGAAGAUCAUUUCAAUUAUAUGAAGAUGGACGCUCUGGAUCAUUCAUCUACAUUGUCUGUACUAUACAUCUUGAAAAGGUGUCUAUCUAAAGUGGCCAUCUUGAUAAAUAUUGAUCAUGGAGAAGUUGUUUCUGAAACAAAUUUCAAUUCCAAACUUUCCAUACUUACAAAGCUUUCAAUUUCAUUGAAAUCCUUGAUAUCUAUGUGGGAGUCGUCGUAUAAGACUCUUUCAAUACAUGAUAAACCAUGGAUUACCAAGCUAUCUGAUUUAGAUUUGGAAUUAAGUACAAUGAUAUCUAAAGUCAAAGAAACUCUGUUUGAGAGCACAACGAUCAAAUUUGCACCCAUAUUUAUAGAAGAGGUGUUUUCAUUAUUUCAAAGUGUCUCUGAAUCGGAUGUUGUCGAUGGUAAUGUAUUGAAGUUUACUUGUAUGAUGACAAUGGAACAAUCUAUGAUAAUAUCAAAGCUUGUUCGAGGAUUGUUGGGAUUUUUACAAAAACAAGAAGAAGAACUUGCAAAUGGCGGUGACAUUGACUCUCAAGAUUCUAAAGUAGUUGCACACUUGACUAACCAACUCCAAUCUAUAGUUGAUGUUAAUGCAAAAAUAUUGGCUGAACCAAGAGAAAUUUUGAGGAUUUGGCAGGAUGGAGGUAUUGUAUAUAUGGGGAAAUCUGGUAUUAAUCAACUAUACAAUUCUUUGGAAUCUAUACUUUCCACCGCUGGUCGGCUCCAAAGAAAUAUUGAAGUUGAAAUGUCUUCAAUUGGAGAUCCCUCCUUCGAUCUUGAAGUAAUAUCUGAUGUUUUUGAAAUCGACAACAGAUCAAUAGAGGUGGUUUUAGAAUCAUUACAAGAAAUUCAAUCCACAAUGAAUAUGAAGUUUGAAAUGGAUGAUUCAAAGGAAGAUACCAAAAGAUGUAUCUAUGAUGUAUUGGCCAUUCCUAACGAAGUCAUAGAUGCUGAUAAAUCCUCCCAAGAUAUCUCUGCCGAUGUUUCACUUGAUAUGAGUUCACAAUUAAAAGAGUGUUCAACAUCGAUAAUUGAAAAGGAUAGAAAGAUUCUGGAACUACAAUUGAGUAUUCAACUUCUUGAAAAUAAUCUUUUAUUAACUCAAAAUGAAUCAAAUGUAUCCAUUUCUGAUUUGAAGCAAGCGUUGAUAUCAUUGGAGAAGAAACAUCAAGAGUCAAUAAAGAGUUAUAAUCUCUUGAUGUCGGAGAACAAAUCAUUACAGGGACAAAUUGAAGACUUACUACAGGCAAAUCAAUUACUCCGCGAUAAAAAAUCAUUGGAAGUUGGUGGGUUUGAAGAUAUUUAUUCUGAAAAGGAAAAUACUGAUAAAUUGGCCUUAAUAGGUGAACUUCAUCUAUUAAGAAAUAUGCUAAAUUAUUAUACAUUCAAUAAUAUGAAUGUGGAAGAGGAUUAUGGAUGGUUGAAAGAACCUAUUAUGGAUCAUAAAGUGGUCAUUAAUGAAGAUACAUUGGCAAAGGCUGGACAUUUUCUCAGGAAAAUAUCUAGUGAUGCAAAGACUGCCCGGUUGUGUAGGAAAAAUGGAGAUUGGCGUCCACGAGAAAGUAUCCCACGAUAUUUGGCACUUCGUAUAAAAGAAGGGCAACUCGAAUAUAUGAGGCUCAAGAAUGAAGCUAUGCGUAUAUAG